UUGGCUUUCUCACUGAUCGUAUGUUACCUUCGUGAACAAUGACUACAGACAAAGAGGUGCUAUAUACUAGCUCUCUACGCCCACGUGUCUGUUUCACCUAGGAGCAGAGAAGAGGGGAACAGACUGACGUAACAUAGUCCCGGCAUCCUCCGCCGCCACAUCAUCCUCUUCUCAGCAGCAGAACGACCCUUCUCGGUGAAAGUGAACAGAAUAUACAGAGGACAGGCAGAGAGGAGACGGAAAAGAAACCAAAACGUAUAGAGUAACGAUUCUCACAUGCUUGCUUUUGGUCGUAGUUGAUAAGGACCGAAAUAAGCUACAUUAUAUUUUAGCCGACGUUGUUACUAUUUUAGCGUCUAUAAAAUAUUCAUUGUUUAUGUCAAGAGUAUAAACUGACACACAUUGAGGUUUCAACAACUCUUGGAAAAUGCUACAAUCUCUAACUAGCAAUUCGUGUGUGCGGUUGAUACAAAGUCACAAAUCGACAUGGUAUUUUUUGCUUCUAGUCUUGGGAUAUAUUCUUUAUCUUAUAUUCGGAGCUGUUGUCUUUUCAUCGGUGGAACUGCCUUAUGAAGACCGGCUAAGACAGGAGUUACGAACCAUCAAAAAACUGUUCCUCCAGGACCACGAAUGUCUGUCGGAAGAACGCCUUGAGGAGUUUUUGGAGAAAGCGCUCGAGGCCAGUAACUAUGGAGUGUCCAUUCUCAAUAACUCAUCGGCAAAUUGGAACUGGGACUUCACCUCCUCGCUCUUUUUCGCCAGUACUGUAUUGUCUACCACAGGAUACGGUCACACCGCUCCGCUCUCCGACGGGGGAAAAGCUUUUUGUAUCGUCUACUCUGUGCUCGGCAUCCCCUUCACCCUCCUCUUCCUCACCGCCGUGGUCCAACGCAUCAUGAUCUUCAGCACACGCCGGCCCGUCAUGUAUGUGUCCACCCGCUGGGGCCUGUCCAAACCUUUGGUAGCCAUGGUCCACGCCACGCUCCUCGCCAUCCUGGCUGCUUCCUGUUUCUUCCUCAUCCCGGCGGCCAUCUUCUCCUCCCUAGAGGAGAACUGGAACUUCCUGGAGAGUUUCUACUUCUGUUUUAUAUCUCUCAGUACCAUCGGACUGGGAGAUUACGUACCAGGAGAGUCCUUCAACCAGAGGUUCAGACAGAUCUAUAAAGUGGGCAUCACUGUCUACCUCCUCCUGGGCUUGGUCAUGAUGCUGGUGGUCCUGGAGACGUUCUGUGAGCUGCAGCAGCUGAAGACCCUGAGGAAGAUGUUCUAUCUGAAGAAGGAGAAACCACAGGACCGUCUGGCUAUACUGGAGCACGACCAUCUGGCCUUCACCGCCGUGUCCCACCGGAACAACUCCACCUCGCUCAGGGAGGACAACACCAAGAACCUGCCCUUCGUUAGUGUCCCCGAGCUGGCCUCGCCCGGUGGGGACGACCCCAUGAUCGGCUAGAAAGGGGGUGGGGAUAGUUAAAAUGUUGGGGUGAAACUAGGGAAGGCCAAGGAGAGUAGAAGUGUAGUGAGGGGGGAGGGAUGGUGAAACUAAGGUUGCAAUCCAAUUCUCUAUCCUUCUUCUGAAGUGUGCACUUGACCACUGCAUUUGUCACUAUACCCUGAUGAAGACAGCUAGUCUGUCGAAGCGUUGGUUAUUAGGAUAUUAAAUGAUUGCAUCUGAGCCCCUGGGUGUGCAGCUCUCCUUUUCUUUUUCAAGUGUUCUACUCUGCUAGCUAGCACCUCGCCUAAACAGAUGUUCUACUCCGCUAGCCAGCACCUCGCCUAAACACGUGUUCUACUCCGCUAGCCAGCACCUCCCCUAAACACGUGUUCUACUCUGCUAGCUAGCAUCUCGCCUAAAAAGGUGUUCUACUCCGCUAGCCAGCACCUCGCCUAAACACGUGUUCUACUCCGCUAGCCAGCACCUCCCCUAAACAGGUGUUCUACUCCGCUAGCCAGCACCUCGCCUAAACAGGUGUUCUACUCCGCUAGCCAGCACCUCGCCUAAACACGUGUUCUACUCCGCUAGCCAGCACCUCCCCUAAACACGUGUUCUACUCCGCUAGCUAGCACCAAGCCUAAACAGGUGUUCUACUCCGCUAGCCAGCACCUCGCCUAAACACGUGUUCUACUCCGCUAGCUAGCACCUCCCCUAAACAGGUGUUCUACUCCGCUAGCCAGCACCUCGCCUAAACACGUGUUCUACUCCGCUAGCCAGCACCUCGCCUAAACACGUGUUCUACUCCGCUAGCCAGCACCUCGUCUAAACACGUGUUCUACUCCGCUAGCCAGCACCUCGCCUAAACACGUGUUCUACUCCGCUAGCCAGCACCUCGCCUAAACACGUGUUCUACUCCGCUAGCCAGCACCUCGCCUAAACACGUGUUCUACUCCGCUAGCCAGCACCUCGCCUAAACACGUGUUCUACUCCGCUAGCCAGCACCUCGCCUAAACACGUGUUCUACUCCGCUAGCCAGCACCUCGCCUAAACACGUGUUCUACUCCGCUAGCCAGCACCUCGCCUAAACACGUGUUCUACUCCGCUAGCCAGCACCUCGCCUAAACACGUGUGCGUUUCUUUCGCCUCUUGAUCACUGCCUACCAUCAAUUCUCUCCAGGUGAAACUCUCUGUAACAUUAGCUGAAAAUCUCUCGGCGAAACUCUCCCCAAUCGAUGCUUACACCAAUUCAAUGCUUUUCGAUAAGAAGGGUAGAGAAUCGGGAUGCAGCCUAUGAAGGAAGGGAACGGUGAUACCGGGGUCUCAUAGGAGAGUAGAAGCGUAUUUCAGAGAACUUCAGAACUUAAGCUUCAGCAAAAGGAUACAUUUUAAAAACAAAAGCUUGACUUCAAACAACUGUUAGUAAUAUUGAAUACGAUAGUAUUUUAGCCCUUUAUCGUCCACGGGAACUUAACUAUCCCUCUUAAUGACACACAACAUGUAGCCUUCAUAUGUCUAGUUGAUGUGUACGCUGAUAAGGGAAAUGUCUGCCUUACUAUUGGAGCUUCGUUCAUUGUCAGGAUCCUUGUUCAGAACAGCCUUGCUAUCUAUCUACUGUUCUUAUAUAGACUAUAUCCAUAUCUAUCAUGUGUUUAUGAACACGCUUAUAGUGAGUUAUGAUGCAGUUAUAAACACAUAGAUAGGGGCUUCGUAGAAAGUUGAUAGAAAGUCCUAACUUGACAAUGGCACAGUUGGGAACAUUUAAUUGGACAUCCACCUGGGAAAAUGGAAGCUAAUAUCACGUUAUACUGUUAGUCUGUACACAUAGUACUGGAUGUAGUUCUAAGGUAUAUUUUACAGGAGUGAACUGAAACGCAUGUAUUCAGGUUAACUGGAUCAGGUAUACAACAGUAGCACAUUUCAUCAUAGUGAAAUGCCCUGAAUAUGAAUUACAGUAAGAUGUUUAUUUGAUGCUAGUUUAAAGUACCAGUUGUGAUGUUAUGUUGAGGUAGUUAAAUGUCUCUUGACUAGUGCUGUACUGUCUGUAUUUCUCAUGUUAUUUAGUCUGAAAGAAAUGGACUUACUGUGUCUAAUGUGUGGCAUAUUGUAUGUUAAAGGGACAGUUAAAAAAGGAACAUGAACAAAGCAGGUCUGAAUCAUGGUUCACUGCCAGAAGAAAUGAUGCUGUAUAGAACCAUGAAAGGUUCAGUGACUCGUCUCAUAAAGCACCUUAUUUUUAGCAGUGUAUUAUCAUCAAUCAUAUGACCACAGCAGGUUUCUGAACACCUUAUGUGAACCACUCAGAAAUGGGAAAUGACCGGGUUGAACAUUUUGGACCAAAAAUGAUUGGUUCUGGAAAGUACAAAAGUUAUGUCCUGAACUUCAGAUUUAAGUGAGAGGACAAAGAAGAACUGAAUUUAGAAGAAGCGAUGUUGUUGUUAGAAGACUUGCAGUGUGUGUACAGAUAUAGGAUCUUAAUUUGACCAGUAAUUGUCACAGCAAAAUAAUCCUGCAGGAACAGGAUUUGAACAUGUAGUCCAUAAUGUUGCUUGAUUAGUGGUUAGGCUGGCCAAAAGUAGGCUACAUGAAAAGUGCAAUACUGUUAAUAUAACUGUGUUAGUGCAGGCUUUUAGUGAAUGUAUGUAAAUCACAAAGCUCAUCUGCAACAAAGAGUGAUCAAAUUAAGAGCCUACAAGAAAAGUCAGAUUAUUUGAUACUGCAAAUCACUAUUUAAAACCAUGAUUAUAAACUAGCUUUGAACUAUUUUAGAAAGAGCUUAGUAUUUCUGGGGGAUGUUAAAAGGAGUGUUUACAAAUGUGUGUUUGUAAUUUAUGCAGAUGAUGAUUCUAAUAAAGGUACUCCGUGAGAGACUCAGAGGAA